UGUUUAGUUAGUCAGUAGAUUAAUGCUGAAGCUGAAAUUACUAAAAGGACAUUAAUUUAGUAAUUAAAUGUGUCCAUAUUAUAAUAUAAAUAAUUAGUAAGCUAAUUCUACAUAGAAUAUUAGUGAAUAUUUUACAUAAUAUUGAAAGUGUAGUGUAUAGUGCGUAAAUAAUUUAGUUUCGCUCCUUACAAAGGUAUUGUUUGCAAUCUUUGAGGGUAUUGAAAAUAACUAACAUAAAUUAUUAAAGUUUUAACAAAACGACAAUUACUGAAAUACUGAAAUGGAUUAUACCAAAAAUCUUGAUAACAUAGUUGAACAACUACUGCACCAUCUGUCGGCUAAGAAACUAGUCGCAGCAACAUCGAAACUGUUUUCUAUUUUAGAAACAAACUCUGAACGGGUGGACUUUGCUUAUCGGUUACUAGAUGAAUACCAUUUGCUUCCCGCGUUAAGCGAAGAUUUAAAAAAUAAUGAUUUAGCUGCAAAAAUAAGGCAGAAGGGCAACGAAAUGUUUAAAGUAAAGAAAAACGGGGAAGCUAUAGAAUUGUACACACAAAGCGUUGCACUCGCAGCAGACGGAUCAGAAUAUUUGGCUUUAGCAUAUGCCAAUAGAUCUGCAGUAUUGUUUGAAAGGGGAUUUUAUAGGGAGUGUCUAAAGGACAUAGAUCAAGCCUUAAAAAAUAACUAUCCAGAGAACUUAAAACCAAAGUUACUGAAAAGAAGAGAGAAAGCAAAUGACUUAAAAGGAAAACAAUUAAUUAGAAACUACUUUGAACCCAUUCCAGAAAUUCCAGAAAACCAGAAGAAUACAUUAAUUCAGUGUGCUAGUGAUUCGAUAGAAAUAAAACGUACUGAAAAUCAGGGAAGACAUGUGGGAGCUACCAGAGACAUAAUGGUAGGAGAAAUAUUGGCCGUAGAAAAACCAUUUUGCCAUAUAUUGAUAGAACGGUUUUAUAACCACUGUCACAACUGUCUGAAACUCUGCUACAAUUUGAUUCCGUGCGUGAGAUGCACUCAAGUUAUGUACUGCGAUGUAAAAUGCAGGGACAAUGAUGAUGGCUACCACAAAUACGAAUGUAGAAUUUUAGCCACAGUUAGAAAACUAAAUAUCGACAAAUUGAAGCUCCUACCUCUAAAGAUAGCUUUGCUAGUGAAAGACAAGUAUCCAAUCAUCAAAGAAAUGGAUAACACAGAAGAAGGCUUGUACCAUUCCGACAGAUAUAAAGAGAUUCAUAAUUUAAUUCCAAAUACAUCCAGUCGAUCAGUUUCAGAUAUGUUUGAUAGAUCUUCAACAUCGGCAAUUAUCUUUCAUCUAAUCAAAAAAUUCACAGACUUCUUUCAAAGUGAGGAAGAGGAGACUAUUUUCAAGGAUCUGAUUCUGCUGCACAUGCAAACGAGUGCAUGUAACUUUCACGAGAUCUCAGAACUAGCUGAAAACGAUAUAGGAAUUUAUGAACCAGAUGAAAUUGGAGCUGGUGCCUAUUCCUUUCUGAGCAUGUUCAACCACCGAUGCAGUCCGAACGUGUUGAGAGAUUGCUACGGACCUGUGGUUGUGAUAAGAGCCAUAGAAAACAUUAAAAAGGGGCAGCAGUGCUAUGAUAAUUAUGGAUACCACUAUGCUGUAAUGUCUAAGCCUGAUAGAAAAGCAAAACUCAAAAAACAGUAUUUCUUUGACUGCACUUGUGAAGUCUGUGAGAAUGACUGGCCCCUAUACCAAAACUUGCGAGAAAUCCAGACUAAUAUCUGUAUAGAACCAGAUGAUAUUUCAAACCUGCAAAAUGGAAACGUUGAAGCUGCUAAAGAGAUUUUGGCAAAAAUGUUACCAAAAAUGAAGGAACUGGAAAAAGUUAAACCCAAUCGAAAUCUUGCUAAUGUGCAGGAAAUUGUCAAGCAAUGUUUCGCACUAUUGGGAAAUGUUAGAAAGACCUUAUAGUAUAGUAUUUUCAUUUUUAAUAAACUAUGUUUGUUCAUUUAUGUCUUAUUCUGCGCAGUAAGUAGUUAUUAAAACAAAUUGUUUUUUUCAAA